AUGAGAAUAGAGAAAACUAGAGAGAGAAGGAAAACUCGGACGGUUCGGAAGAGAGAGAGAGAGAGAGAGAGAGAGAGUCUGCAAUUUUAAUGGCGAACUCAGAGGAAGAAGAACAGAGUCAAUUGAUGCCGAAGAUCUCUAGGGUUUUGAACGAAACCCUAAGCUCAAACGCCACACACCCUCGAAAGCUCAGGGACCUAUUAACCCUCCGUUCUUCAUCUUCCCCUCACAAAUUCUUCACCGCGUUCUCCAAAGCCCUAACCCCCCUUUUCUGCUUCCACCGCCGAACUGCCGCCGCUGAGCGAGCCAUCCGAUUCGUUGCCAUAUUUGCUAGUGCACGUGAUGCUGCCAAUGUUUCGGAUUGCGAUGCCUUCUUGGAGGAUUUACUGCAGUUCCUCCUCGUCGCUGCUGCCGCUGCCAACAAAACCGCUAGGUUUCGGGCGUGCCAGAUAAUUUCUGAGAUCAUAAUGCGGUUGCCAGACGACGCAGAAGUCAGUAAUGAGCUCUGGGAUGAGGUGAUAAAUUGCAUGAAGAAGCGGGUGGAGGAUAAGAUUCCCAUAAUCCGCAUAUUUGCUGUUAGGGCUUUGUCAAGAUUUGCAAAUGAUUCUGAAAACAGCGACAUUCUUGAAUUAUUCCUUGAAGCACUGUCUUUAGAACAGAAUGCAGAGGUACGCAAGACAAUAGUUUUAUCAUUGCCUCCUUCGAAUAUGACCUCAUCAGCAGUCAUUGAUUGCACCUUGGAUGUGAGUGAAUCAGUGCGCAAAGCAGCAUACUGUGUUCUUGCUAAUAAACUUCCUCUUCAGAGUCUCAGCAUCAAGCUUAGGGCAGUCAUUCUUCGGAGAGGAUUUGCAGAUCGUUCAUCUACUGUUAGGAAGGAGUGUCUGAAAUUAUUGAAAGAUGAAUGGCUUGAGAAGUGUUGCAAUGGUGACCCCUUGGAGCUUCUCAAGUACUUUGAUGUUGAAACCUAUGAAUUGGUUGGGGAGUCUGUGAUGGGUGCUCUCUUAAAAGAUGGGCUGGUGAAAGUGAAAGAUGGGCAAGGUAUCCAGCGGUUCAAAGUAUUGAUCUCUGAGGGAAGUGAAGGAGAAUCAGGGCAUUGCAAUUCAGAUUCAGAUGUCCAAUUAAUGGAACCCGAGGUUGCUUUAUAUUGGAGGACUGUAUGCUGGCACUUGCAGACUGAAGCGCAACAAAAAGGCUCUGAUGCUGCUACCACAAUGGGCACCGAGGCAGCAGUAUAUGCAGCAGAAGCUUCAAGCAACAAUGAGCUUUUAGAGAGAAUUCUUCCAGCAACUGUUUCUGACUAUGUAGAAUUGGUCAAAGCUCAUCUUGAUGCUGUUAUUGUCUCAGGGCCAAACUAUCGAUUUGCAUCUCGGCAGUUGUUAUUGCUUGGUGCGAUGCUUGAUUUCUCUGAUUCCACAAACCGGAAAGUUGCUAGUGCAUUCGUGCAGGAAUUACUACACAGGUCAUUGGAACAUGAGGUUGAUGAUGAUGGGAACAAGGUUGUCAUUGGAGAUGGCAUUAACCUUGGUGGAGAUAGAGAUUGGGCCAAUGCAGUGUCUUCUUUAGUGAGAAAGGUCCAUGCUACUGCAGGUGAAUUUGAAGAAGUAAUUCUUGGAGUUGUGGAGGAGCUAGCUCAGCCUUGCAGGGAAAGAACUGCUGACUUUAUGCAGUGGAUGCACUGCCUUGCUGUGACUGGUCUGCUAUUGGAAAACACCAAGUCUUUCCGUUGGUUGCAAGGAAAGGCUGUUGGACCAGCUGAACUAUUGCAGUCUUUAUUGCUUACAGGGGCAAAGCAUGUUCACUUGGACGUGCAAAGGGUUGCCACCAGGUGCCUUGGUCUAUUUGGGUUGUUAGAGAGGAGCCUAAGUGAAGAACUAGUCAAGCAGUUGAGGAUUUCCUUGGUUAAGGGCCAGCUGCCAGUUAGUGUGGUGGCUUGUAAGGCAUUGAUUGACCUAGAAAUGUGGCAUGGUCCUCAGGAACUUGAGAGAGCCACAGGGCAGAGGCUCUCAUCAAAACAUGAUGAUGAUAAGAUGGCUUUUAGUCCUGUUGAUUUUAGUGAUGCAGAUGGCGUUGUGGAUAUUGAAUUACUAGAUCUCUUAUAUGCUGGACUUGACAGAAAUGAUUGGAAAAAGUCUGUGGACACUGAUGAGAAUAACUCAGUUCAGGAUGUUAUUGGGGAGGGGUUUGCAAAGAUUCUUCUUCUCAGUGAGAACUAUCUGAGUAUAUCUGCUUCCUUACAUCCUUUACUUCUAGCCAAGCUCAUCAGCCUGUACUUCAGUAAUGAAACAGAAGAUAUGCAUAGGUUGAAACAAUGCCUAUCUGUAUUCUUUGAGCAUUAUCCAUCUCUCUCAGUUAAUCACAAGAAGUGUUUAUCCAAGGCAUUCAUUCUGGUUAUGCGUUCGAUGUGGCCGGGUAUCAAGGGAAAUGCAGGCGGUGCUCCCAUUAUUGUGUCUAGUAUGCGUAAACGUGCUGUCCAAGCAUCACGCUUUAUGCUGCAAAUGAUGCAGGCUCCAUUAUAUCCAAAGGAGAGUGCAGCUGAAGACGAAAACAGCAGCAGAGAGUUGCCUGAGACCCUAGAUAGCACUGUACAACCUUCACUUGAGAGUGGGGAGGAAGGCCUGGCAAUACGCAUAGCCACAGAGGUGGCAAGCUUUCCUUUAAAGAAGACACCUGCUGAGAAAUCAUAUGUUAUUGCAUUGUGUAAGAUACUAGUCUUGCUUCAAUUCCGGUUGUCUGAAAAAGGGGCAAUAAAGUUAAUCUGGAGGCUCUUGAUCCAUAUUACUGAGUCUGGAUUGGCAGAGAAGGAGACUGUAAAGGAGUUGAAGGGAAUGGCUGUACGGAUUAGGGCCGUAGAUAGACAUCCAGAUGAGGAACUGUCGCAAGAUCUAAUAAAUCUUAUUUUGGGGAGGUUAGGUAUAGACUUCAACUUUAAUGUAAAUGACUCCAUGAGAGUGCCACCAAUUACACCAGCUCCGUCUUCAACCAGACCAGCCCGUUCUAGGAGACGAGUUAGGCAUCAAGAUGAUUCUGAUGAAGGUUCAGCAACCUCUGUUGCUCCUACAAUUGCCAGUGCCAUAAAUAUUCGUUCUCAAAGAGCAAGCAAGACUGCAGCAAUGACCAGGAUGAGUGCCAGUAGAGGUAUUAGGGUCAAUGAUAAUGAUGAUGAUGAUGACGGGGAAGAAAGCUCAGACGUGACAUCUGAAGAUGAUUCUGAUGAAUCUGACCUGUCUGUUUGAUGUGAGGCCUGGCAUGAUUGAGGUAUCGAGAGGUCAGGCAGGAUUGAGGAGUUCAAAUUAGGAGCAAAUAGGUAUAGAUGCUAGAGCAGGUGCAAUUUCUGAACCUUUUUUGGGUUUUAUUUUUGUUUCUUUUCUUUCUCUUGUUGUGUGUUUUCUUUUUCUUUUAUUUUUUUAUCCAUUUUGAUUUUUGUAGGUGGGGGUUCAUGAUUUAAUCAAUUUAAUGUCGAGUAGUUGAUGUUCUUGCCUAUCCCUGGAGAGGCUUGAGGAAUCCUUAAGGUCCUUCUUUGGUGGUAUGUGUAUAUUGAGAGUUCUUGUUUUAUGAAAAUGCAAGUGAUUGAAAGUUAGCAGGCAUUGAUAAUGUGGUUGGCCAGUAAGAGCAACAUUGUAAUCACCCAUGCUUUUUCUUAAUCACUUUGUUUUGGGUUGUAAAGUGCGAUCAGCAUAGCUGCAAAUUCAGUCCACUAUACAAAUGGUUGCUCAUGAAA